UGUUAGACAUAAACAUGGAAGGCGACGAUGAAGUAAACGUUUCGGCAAAUGGAGCUCGCUAUACGUUCUUUAAGAAGACAACAGAAGAAGAACAUGGAGUCGAGGUGGAAAAGACAUAUAUUCUCUCCGUCAACUUGUUUGGAAACAAAGAUGACGAUUGGGCGGACCGUCUGAACUACGUCGUGACGUUGUUCUUCAUCUGUGCAUUUGCAGCGUACACGACUUUCCUGCAAUACAUCAAACCGACACCCCCAAUCGACUGUUGGUGUCCAGCGGAAUUUACGGACACACACGUGGAAUACGUUCAAUAUCACUGCUGGAUUUCAAACACGUAUUAUGUUCCCCCUUCUGAGGCGUUAUCACAGAAUGAAGUAAUACGAAGGCGUUUUGUUGUAAAAUAUUACCAGUGGGGACCUGUUAUAUUGUUUUUUAUGGCACUCUUGUUUAAACUUCCAAAUAUUCUUUGGCGAUUAACUAACGUCUAUUCCGGUGUUAACGUUGGAUUCAUAGCACGCAAUGCCACCGAUUCACAGGAAAUGACGUGGGAUGAACGCCAAGAAGCCAUAAACAACCUUGCAUUUUACCUUCAUCGCUGGCUUCAUCUUUAUCGACCUUAUCAGAGAAACCUGUUUUCGAAAAUAAGGAACCUGAAUUGUGAUAAAAGAAGCGGGAACUAUCUCACUGCGCUUUACAUGGUUAUAAAAUGCAUAUACUGCAUAAAUGUGAUUGGACAAUUCUUUUUACUUGACGCGAUUCUGGGACAAAAUUUCUAUUUAACUCUAGGUUUGGAUUUCUUCCGGCGACCCCCUUCGGAAAUCAAUCAGUUAGGACUGAUAGAAUUUCCUCGUGUCACACUGUGCGACUUUAAAAUAAGACAAAUGUCAAAUAUACAAAGCUGGACUGUGCAGUGCGUGCUUCCAUUAAACAUGUUCUAUGAGGCCAUUUUCUUUUUCCUUUGGUACUGGUACUGUUUCGUUGCCAUGGUGACUUGUGCUAGUUUUCUUCUCUGGAUGUGGCGUGUCUUUUUCCCAAUAAACAGAAGAGUCUUCAUUGAGAAAUUACUCAACAUUCAUCCCGAAAGGAAAGAAGAAAAUCAAGAAAUAGACAAGAAAAAGUUUCACGAAUUUGUGACGGAUUUUCUGCGUCAAGAUGGUGCGUUUGUUCUUCGUAUGGUACAUCGAAAUACGAGUGACGUUUUUGCGACUGAUCUUGUUAAAAAAUUGUGGGAACAUUUCAUUAACAAUAAAACUUGACGUAUUUUUUUUCUAAUUAAUACAUUUAUAUAUCAUUACAAAGUUUUUACA